UAUUGUAUGAAAUUUAUAAAAUUAUUGAUGUAUCUUUUAACAAGAGUUGUUAACCCAGUAAUGCGGUUAAUAGGUAUUUUCUAAUUUUAAGACACGAACAUAGGGCGAGUAGAAAUGGUGAAUCCUAUGGUGGUCAACAGUCCUAAAAUAUUCGGUUAGGAGGACUGGAUGUUUAAAAAGUUCUUCCUUUUUUCUUAUUUUCCACCUUCUUGUGUUUACCAUGCUGUCAUACAAUUGAUCAUUACUAUCAAUUCAUGCACAUAUGAGAGCCUAAUCUGAAUUUAACAUAACUGUACUUUUUCUACACUAUGCAGAUAUAUGACGUUAAUCUCCCAGGGAAGACUAAUUCUCGAGGGAUAAUUGUGAAAACAUAAAAUAUAUAUAAACUGCCUCUGGCAUGCACUGCUUCAAAUAUCACCUGCAUGAGAUUCGUGGAAAUGGCUGUAGCAGUUGAUCAACAUCACGGAAUUAAGCCAUUAAGACGAUCCCAGCGAUGCAGAUUACAAUCCUACACCCAUCUUGAUUACUGCAUUUUUUCCCACUCCUUAAAAAAUACAUGCGGAGUUACUAAUAUUCACAAAAGCUAUUCCACCCCAUGUCUCUCCCAAACUACUGCAUUGGAGGAAGACUUUGACACUAAUCCACGGAUUGAGAUUGUUGGCGGGAGCAGAAUUCCUAGGGUACAUGCUCUUGUGGUUGAAGUUGCCAUAGCUAUGGCUUCUGGUGCUGAUCUAUUGCCUGUGCCAAGUGGCCUAGGGGGUGCCUACUUUCUAUGUAGUCGAAAUGGAGACAAUAUUGCUGCAGUAAAGCCCAUAGAUGAAGAACCCUUAGCCUUUAAUAAUCCUAAAGGCUUCGGAGGUCAGAUGAUGGGUCAACCUGGUUUAAAACGCUCAGUUCGGAUUGGUGAAUCUGGAAUUCGAGAAUUAGCAGCUUAUCUCCUUGACCAUGGUGGAUUCGCUGGUGUUCCUCCAUCUGCUUUAGUAAAAAUUUCUCAUGUUGCAUUCCGCGUCAAUAAUAAUGCAGCAGCAAUUUCAGCUACUCCCUACAAGAUUGCUUCUCUUCAGCGCUUUGUAGAUCAUGACUUUGAUGCUGGAGAAUUGGGGUUUUCUUGCUUUUCAAUAGCUUCAGUUCAUCGUAUUGGAAUUUUUGAUGUAAGAGUCCUAAAUCUUGAUAGGCACGCAGGUAAUAUGCUUGUUCAGAAGUAUGAGCAGAACAAUUAUGCAGUUGGGAUGGCUGAGCUUGUGCCUAUUGACCAUGGGCUUUGCCUUCCUGAGUGGCUUGAUGAUCCAUACUUUGAAUGGCUGCACUGGCCUCAAGCUUCGGCUCCACUAAGAACUCAGAUUCCUUCUUUACGUGAGGCUGCGAUCCGUGUUCUUGUGCUCUGCACCAUCUUCUUGAAGCGGGCUACAGCUGCAGGGCUUUGCUUAGCUGAUAUAGGUGAUAUGAUGACUCGACAUUUCUGUGCUGGUGAAGAAAAAUUGAGUGAAUUAGAAAAUCUUUGCUUACAAGUUAGAGCAACAAUGUUUGGUACAGCUGAUGAAAACAGAGAAACAAUGAAACAAGGUGAAAUAUUUCCAUUUCAGAAUGAUACUUUAGAAAGCUUUGAUGAGAAUUUUGAUCUUCCGCAACUCUUACAGAUCUAUCCUGGAAUGGCAAGGUUUUCGUCUGUGGGAUCAAUUACAGAGUUGACCAAGGGAUGUAUCUAUCCACUAUUUGAGGAAAGCAAUCACGGCACUGAUGAUUCUGAUAGUAAAAAUAUGAAAGGCAAUAGUGCUUAUGUUGAUGGUAGUACAAGUGAUAUUCAUAAGGUAGGAGGUUUGGUGGAGAGUGUGAGUUUCUCAGUAAAUAAUUUCAAAUUUGAAACGGGAGCAAUAUAUUUUGGAGACAUGAGUAAAGAUGAAUGGGAUUUAUUCUUGGACAAUUUUGAGAAGCUUUUGCCCGACAUCCUCCUCAACGGAACAAAUUACUAGCGCUUGAAGAAAAGGUUGAAAACAUCUGCUAGUUUAACUGUACAUUAUUGCCAAAUGACAUUAGACUAGAUUGUAAAUAACACAAAGGUACGGAAGAAAUGUGAAUGGUAAAACACCAAUCUUUCUUUGUACUUGUGGAUAUGAUUCCUUCUCUUGUAUACUUUGUUGUACAACUAUAUAGAACUGAUUCU